CGCAUACAAACAUACGCGGUUUGGCGGUAACGCGCGACGUACGCCGCCGCAAAAACAUUCCAAUUUUGAAUCGAGCUAAUCCUUUUUUUUUUUCUUUUUUAUCCUGUGCCAGUGUUGCCAUAAACAUGGAACUCAAGAUUUUACUGAUUCUAGCUCUUGCUCUAUGCGCCUCUUGCGAAGAAACUAAGAAAGAAGCUGAAGCCGAGCCCAGUAAGGACAAACGGCAGACCCAAGAUGUUGGUUCGGGACACUAUUAUUAUAGAAACGCGAGAAAACAGGAACCAGUAGCACCCGUGGAAGAACCGCAAGACGAUGACAAAGCUGCAAGAGAUGAACAAUACCGCCCAGGCCAAGUGUUCUCGGUAAACGCACAAGAGUUGUUAGAACUUCAACCGGAGAGAAAAGCACCGCUAUCCAGCAACCAGCAGUUGCAGCAGUUAUACCAAAACCCACAGCAGGAGCACAAGCAGAACUUGCAGCAGUUCUAUUAUAUCGACCCUCAAGUCCAACGACAGCAGAUCGCCCCACCAUCACACACAGUGAUUGCAAGACCACACUAUUCUUCCAAUGGUGGAGAAGCUUCUGUUGGUGCUGCUUUAUCUGUCAGUGACAAUGGAGCCAAUGCAGCAGCUGCAUACGACCAAGAUCUGUUGGCAUUGCUAAAUGCGGUGCAGAGACCUCAAGCAUAUGCGCAAACGCAGGCUCCCCAAAUCGUUACUCAGACAGCACCUCCGCAAUAUCAACAGAUCGAACAAUACAUCACCAAACCAAGCAAAAAGCCAACAAAGCUACGCCCCAAAAUCCACGUCACUCCGCAACCGACAGUGGCUCCUCAACAAUACUUAAUAGAAACAACAAAUGUUCAACAGCAACAAGCCAACCAGCAACAAGCCCAACAGCAACUAGUUCAACAACAACAGCAAUACCGCCAAAUUCAGCAAAACCAACGCAUUCCACAGACUCUUCGUUACGUGACCAUACAACCAGCACAGUCAUCGGUUCAGCAACCUUUGUACGAACGUCCUGAAGCUCAAGGUCUCAAAGUUGUACCAGCACCAAAGUUGCAAAAUUUAAGCCCCCUCUAUCGUGUUGCUCCUCAGUAUCAACAACAAGAAGCAACCCCAAAACAGUUUAGAAUUGUGGACACGCCAAGAGCACUGUUAAGGCAAGAGCAACCUCGUAUUCUAUCAAAUGAAAGGCCUGUCACAUAUCUGAAACGUUUCCCUGAACCAGAAAAGGUUCAAGCUAUUCAAGAAAAUCUGUCCGCUGCCCAACGACCAGUGCAAAUUGCCGAUCAAUAUUAUUAUCGACCAGUCUAUCGACAAAACGAAGCGCGUAGAUACGAAAUACCUGCUCAGGCGAUAAAAGAGCCACCGCGAGCUAUCGAGGCGACGAAGACUCCCCUAUCCGCUAUUUACGUGAGCAAAAAUAUUGCACCCAAGAAAGUCCUUCGUCCAGUAGUAAGGAUAGAUCAGUCUAGGGAUCAACAGUACAGGGAGCAGCCUUACAGGAUAGAACAAGCAUCGAGUUCGGAACAAGUAAAUAUUGAACGGCAGAAUCAGAAUUUGGAUGAGCAAAGAUCGCAGUUGCCUCCUCCAAGGAACAACAAAGCGUAUACUCCUGAAGAGUUCGAAGCUUUGGUAGCGGCUGGGUACUCAGUAACUCCUAUUCCAGUAGGGCAGUCACAAGAACAGCCGCAGCAAGCCCAAUCCAGGUCUUUUGUGGAACCAAUGUACCAACGUCGACCUUAUUAUACAAGACGUAACCAAUACUUACCACUACGAGGGGAUGAGGCACCUUGAACAAUAAACUGCGAUGUACAUAAAUUAGAUAUAAUUGCUAGAUAUUAAAUAUUUUUACAAUA